AUGACUACUUAUAUAGAAUACGGAGUAACACUUACAGAUGGACAAAAGUCAAAACUGGCUUCUGCGAUAAUAAAUCAAUCACCACUAACUCUUCGAUUAAAACAUUCUCAUCUUCGAGGUUCUGAUGAGUUAAUGUUGACCAAAAGACAAAUUGAUAAAAUAAAAAAAUCUAUUUCAAAUGGAACAGGAUCAGAUAUAAAGAUAAGUAAAACACAGAUUAGACGUUCUGUAAAACAUGGUGGAAACUUAUUUUCAUCACUCGCAUCUCUCGGAGCAAAAGUACUACCAUAUGCAAUAAAAGGAAUUUCAAAAGCUGUUCCUGCAUUAGCAACUGGAGCUGCUACUGCACUUGGAGAAAUUGGAUUAAAUAAAAUAUUUGGAAGUGGGGGAACCUACGGUUCCCCCUACACCCCCCUCCCUUUACAAGGAAUCACAAUUCCCCCAGAGUUUUUCCCAAUGCUUCCAAAUAUUGUAAGAGAAUUUACCAAAUCACAAAUAAACCAAAUUAACAAAGCUUAUCAAACAGGAGGUCGACUGGUUAUUAAACCAACUCGUAAACAGAUAGAAGGAGGAUUUUUAGGUACUCUUGCUUCUAUUGGAAUUCCGAUGGCAAUAAGUUUAGUAUCUAAGAUGUUUGGUGGGGGACUUCAGGUUGAUAGACGUGGAUCAUCUAAUACAUCUGUUUACGUUCCACAUCCUCCUCCACCAACACAUGGUGAGGGUUAUCCUUAUCGCUCACCACCCUUUAUUGGUACAUGGGAAAACCCUAUAGGUAUGGGGGUUAAAAAAAAAAAAAGUCCAAAGGCAAGGGUCUACUAUUAGGAAAAAACAGCCCAUUCAACUCAAUUCCCAUUCUCGGCACCAUUUUGUGGUGGGGGAACCGUACUACACCCCCCUCCCUUAACCAUUCUAAACUCCAUUUUGUAAUCAAACCUUUAUCCAACUUUGACCUCAUGGAAUGGGUAAAAAGACUUGGUAUUAAACAUUUCAGAGGAAUAUAUAGUCGUGAUGGUCUACUAAACAAGAUAAGAAAAGAAUGCGGAAUAAUUAAUCUAGAUGAUAUUCAAGGUCCUGGCACACAUUGGGUUUGUUAUAGAAAUAUAGAUUCGGUAGUCGAAUAUUUCGAUCCUUUUGGUUUGAUAAUGCCAAACGAAGCAUUAGAGUAUUUUAAUACUUCUGGAAAACGUAUUGUUUACUCGAUAGAUGAAAUACAAAAUCGCAGUACUGUUCUCUGUGGUUAUUGGUGUUUAUAUUAUUUGUUUGAAAGACAAUGGGGUUUUGGUAUUCUAGAUGUAAUACAUAACCCUCAUUUUGAUAAUGACAACAGCGAUUUUAUAAAGUCAUACUUUGGAGGAUAA